AUGGUGGUCGAAUCGAAUACUAGUAGUCUUAUAUGGGACUCGAGUAGUUCACCAUUUCAAUUUCAAUCAUCAUCAUUAUCAAAUAUUCCGAGUUAUUUUGAUCGUUCACUUGUGGCUCCAUUAACCUUAUCACACCGGCACCGCAAUUCCCACAGUACUGCUUUACAGUUGCCACCAUUAAAAUUACGAUCAACGCUAACAUGGCAUUCGAGCGAAGAAGAAACUUUUCUCGCUCAAAGUUUAAGUACUAGUGAACACGAAUUAAAUUUAUUUAAACAAAAAUUUGAUCGUCUUCGUGCAUCACUCACACAAUCAAUUCAAGCUGGUCGUCAUGCAUUUAACAAAGCAAAUUAUCAAAGGACAAGUGUACAACAAAUGUGUGAUGAACGAGAUCAAUUGAUUGAUGAAUUAUUGACAUCAUCAAUAGAAUUGACUGAUAGGAUAGAACAACUACAAGAUGAAAUUAUAACUCAACGUCGUAAGCGCGAUAGUCGUGAAAUGAGACAACUAAAACUUGCACGGACAAUAACUCGUUUAAAUCAAACCAAGGAUAAAGCAGCUGAAAAAUUGAAACAAAACGAUAAAACAAAAUUCCUUGAACAAUAUAAUUCUCAUAUAUUAAAAUUAAAAAGCGACAAUCAACAAGAAUUAAUCGAUCGUGAUAAUGAAAUUCAAGAAUUAAAAGAAAAAUUCCUUCAAACAUUCGAUUAUCAAGCCGAGGAACAUGUGAAAUUGAUUCGAGCAACAAUAAAAGCAUUUGAUUCUGAAAAUGAAAAAUGCGAUAUUUUGAAAGAAAUCGUCGAUGAUUAUGAAAUCAAUGUUUAUCGAGCAAAAAAGCCAUGUUGUGUACCGAUCUCAUUUCGUUUAAGUCAACUUUCUACACAAUUACGUUUAUAUUUAAUCAUUGAAUUAGCAUUACAUGAAGUUUUUCGUUCGUCAUGUUCAUGUGGACAAUUUAGACGUUGUUAUCAAACAUAUCUACGUUUACAUAAAAAGCAGAAUUAA